GCGGUUUUGUGGUCGGUUUGCCAGCCACGAGGAAUUUAUUUGUUUCGUCUCACGGAUGUUUUUACGGCGUCAUCAGGGAGUUUAGGACUUUCGUUGGUGUUGCUGUCUUUCUUUUAGGUCUGUGGGGAUGAAACGAUGAAAGCUUGAUAUACGUCUCACCCUUUGCUGUCUAUGGUCUCGCCAGACACCAAAUUCACAAAUCUUAGUAUGCGGAGCAGCGAACUUCCUUGAGGUUGUAGAAAACUUUGGAUGGGAUCAUCUUUGGUGCAUUGGGAACAUGGAUCUCGGACUGCCGUCUAGCUCUGGUGGUACCGUCACUGAAAAGCAGCAGAUUGACUUGUUGAACACGAUGAUGAAAGAAGAAGAUAUAAAAGAGGAGCAAUGUGAUCAUAUGAUUUCAUGUCAAGAAGAAGACGAAAAGCCAUUUGUGGACCCCGACUGUCAAACUGAAACAGACUUUGCCGAGUCCAACGUUAGUUAUAAUGAAACACAACAGACAACAGCGGAGAUUGAAGUGAAGAUUGAAGAGCAGGAUGAUCCGCUAGGAAGUACCUCAGAACACCCACAUGUAACGCAUCAGAAGAUCCAUGGCCAGGAUGAUGAACUCGACCUGCAACAUGAAGGAAGUCUCUACCACUGCACCGUCUGCAGGAAGAGCUUCACGGCCCUGACAGAACUUGAGAAACACCAGCAAACACACUUGAAUCUAAAGCGGAACACUGUCAAAAGGCCUCAUCAAUGUGUGGAAUGUGAAAAAGCAUUUGGAACACGAGAACGUCUUAAAUUCCAUUUCAGAACACACACCGAAAAGAAACCUCAAAUAUGUGCCCAGUGUGGAAAAGCAUUUCCAACACUAACACGUCUGAAAAUCCAUUUUCUGAUACACACUGGUGAGAAGCCUCAUAAAUGUGCCCAGUGUGGAGAAUGUUUCCCAUACAGGUCAACUCUUAAGACCCAUAUGUUAAUACACACUGGAGAGAAGUCUCAUCAAUGUGCCCAGUGUGGAAAAUUAUUUUCAUGCAAUUCAAUUCUUAAAAAUCAUAUGGUAAUACACAGUGAAGAGAGGCCUCAUAAAUGUGCCCAAUGUGGAAAAUGUUUUUUACGAAUAUCACAUCUUAACGGCCAUAUGCUUACACAUACUGGAGAGAGGCCUCAUAAAUGUGUCCAGUGUGGAAAAUGUUUUUUACGAACAUCACAACUUAAAAGCCAUAUGCGCACACAUACUGGAGAGAAGCCUCAUAAAUGUGCCCAAUGUGGAAAAUGUUUUUUACGAAUAUCACAUCUUGAAGGCCACAUGCUUACACAUACUAGAGAGAGGCCUCAUAAAUGUGUCCAGUGUGGAAAAUGUUUUUCACAAAUUUCCAAUCUUGAUUUCCACAUAAUGACACACAGUGGAGAGAAGCGAUGCUACACGUGUGUCCAGUGCGGAAAAGCCUUUGCACACGUUUCAACUCUAAAAUACCACAUGCGUUUACACACUGGAGAGAAACUUCAUCGGUGUACUCAGUGUGGAAGACCGUUUACAACACAGCGACAUCUUAAAACCCAUAUGCGAACUCACACUGGAGAGAAGCCUCAUCAAUGUGCCCAGUGUGGAAAACUUUUCUCGUUGAGUACAAAUCUUAAAAGCCACAUGCGAAUACACACCGGAGAGAGGCCUUAUAAAUGUGUCCAGUGUGAAAAAGCUUUUAGAACGUCUUCAGAUCUUACACGCCACAUGGAUACACACACUCGAAAUAAGGAAGCGCAGAAUACCAUCAAAGGCACUCAUAACUGUACCCAGUGUGGAAGAGCAUUUUUAAGAUCCUCGUAUCUGAAACUUCACAUGCGGACACACACUGGGGAGAAGCCUCACAAGUGUAUCCGGUGCGGAAAAGGUUUUUCGCUCAUUUCCGGUCUGAAAUCCCACAUGCGAACACACACUGGAGAGAGGCCCCAUCGAUGUGUCCGGUGUGGAAAAGCCUUCAGGCGAUUAUCACAGUUGAAAACCCACAGGUUUAUACAUACUAGGGAGAAGCGCCGCGUCUGUGUCGAGUGCGGAAAAGGCUUUUCACAAAUGUCACGUCUGCAAACCCACAUGCUGACACAUUGAACCGUGGUUCCAGCUGGGGCACAACUGGCUGGGGCACCUGCACCCACUGAUCUAUAAAGAAUACCUGGAUAGACUACCUCAUUGUUGCUGACCCAUCAACAAUGAAGCCAAUGGAACUGUCCCGAGUGGUCCCAUAAUGGCGGCGAUGUGUUCCAAUUCCAUUGUUGCAGAACGGCAACAUUCUUUUACUGUCUUUUACUGUCUAUGCAUUCCUAUGGCAAGUGGUCCCAUAAUGGCCGCCCCCAUGUAGGCUUCAGAAUUUUGACGUAGAUGCUCUAUCCAGGUAUUCUUUAUAGAUCAGUGACCUGCACCAUACACCGGUGACCCGGGUUCGAUUCCCGCCUCGUGGUCCUUUCCGUAUCCCACCCCUGCUCUCUCUCCCAUUCACUUCCUGUCACUCUUCAGUGUCACGUCAUUAAAGGCAUAAAAAGCCCAAAAAACAUACUUUAAAAUAAAAAAUAAUAAUAAAAAAAAUAUCUGAACUAUGUGGAGACACUUCUCUGAUAGCUUCUCUGAGGCGUAUAUAAUUUAAAACCUUAAUAAGAGCUGCUUCAGUGCUGUGAUUUGCCCAAAAAACUGACUGGGAGUAAUCAAAAUAUCCAUGUUUUUUUUUUUUUUUUUCCCGUAAAUAAAGACAACAAGAACCAGUGAUCCCAAAUGACAACACAAUUGUAUUAUCUUUGCCAAGAGAGAGAAUGACGCAUACAACACAGAAUGGUUUGCACCAGACUCUGAUCAAUUAUGCCUGAGUGCCUCCUUUUCUACAUGUGUGUACUCAAGCAGAGUCUCUGAUUGUACUUAGACACACAUUGUCACAUGGUUUGAAACUGCGAUUCAAAUACUUAGCAUGACAUUUUCACUCUGGCUCUUCACGUGAAAGAGCAACGGAAUUUUGACACAUGCAGGACAUAACUUCUUAUCGUAAUAACAAAACAGAACUUGUGGGUUACUCGGGUCUUUGGUCAUAUUUUGCAUGCAAAGAUAUUGCUUAUGAUACAUAAGAAUAUAGGAAAAGAUGGCUUAAGAAUAUGUGGUUUAAACUUACGACGUUGUAAAAAUAGUAAAACAUUACUUCUCAAACAUUGUCAUGC